AAUAAUCAACGUGAAAGCUGUGUAGUGUCACCUAAUGCUCAUUUUGCAAGUUUAUUUAUUAUUGUUUCGACUUUUGUUCGAAAUUUCGUUACGAAAAAUAAAAUAAAUUAAUUUUAAUAUUGUCGCAAAAUGAGAUCGUGAAUAUACUAAAGACGCAAUCUGUAUAUGUUGUUUUUGGUCGAAAAAAAUUAAUCGAUUUUCAUAUACAAAAGAGAAUUUAUUCCGAAGAUAUUACGGAAAUUAUUUGAUUUAAAAUUUAGGAUCAAUUACAAGGAAGUAGUUCAAACAAAGAAAUUGCAAAAUUUAUCAGUUUUCUAGCCAGUAAGGCCGUUGGUCUAUAUUUGUGAUUACCUUUUCUUCGAUUUUUGUUCGCAAUCAUGGGAAAACGCAAGAAUCAACCUCUAAUAGACUCUGAUUCAGAUAGCAAUAAUGAUACAGGCUCAGACUUAGAAUCGGAGCUCUUAUCGUUGGCAAAAAAGAAGAAGAAACCAUCAACAAGUGAAAAGGGGAAACCGAAUAAGCGCCAAAUGUCAGUAUCUGAUUCUGAUUCUGAUUCUGAGUCUGGAUCUGAUUGGGAUGAGAAGAAAAAAGUUAUCGAGGAAACAAACCAAAUGGCUAGAAAUGACUCAGAGGAGGACGAAAAGUCUGAGUUAGAGGAGGGCCAAGUUUCCACCGAUGAAAGCUCGGACAGUUCAGACUCGGAGUUUAAUGACGGAUAUGACGAAAACCUUAUGGGAGAUGAAGAAGAUCAAGCUCGUUUACAUGCAUUAUCCGAGAAAGAGCGUGAAACAGAAAUUUUUAAAAGAAGUGAACGGCGUGAUGCUCUACGUCGGCGAUGGGAGAUUGAACAGAAGCUAAGACAAGCGAAGCGCGUUGAACGUGCUAAAGAUAAAUCAAAAGCACCAAAAGAUAAAAAGAAAAAGGAAGAAAAACGUAAACGUCGCGAGCAAGAAAAAGCAGCUUCGCAUGUGAAAAUUACCACAGAAAAAGUACUGGAUUCUAACCUAGCAGAUAAGGCGAUAGCAUCAUCUCCUUUAUAUGAAAAUAAAGAUGAGUCGAUAGUUACGAAUUCCACAGCUACAGAAUACUUUGAUCCAAAAGAAAGAUCAAAAGAGCGUAAAAAGAACGUUGAAAUGAAUCGAACAGACGAUAAACGAAGUAAUGCAAUGGCUGCUCUCAAAGCAAAACGAGAAGGAAAGCAAAGACGAGAAGAGGAAGAAGCCAAACGACAGGCUGAACGGGAAGGCAACGAAGAGUUGGAUUCUGGAGUUUCUGGUGGCAAAUCAACAGUAAAACUAAAAGCAUCCGAUAUUUAUUCCGACGAUAGUGGAAGUGAGAGUGAAGACAAGCGAUCUGGAAAACGAUCUACGAGUAGCAGCCGAUCUUCUAGUGACUCUGACGAAGAGGAUAAUUCUACAAAAGCAGCAACUGCUCAAAAGCCUGCUUACAUAACCACCAAAGAAGAAUUGAACAAAUUGCGUAUAUCUCGACACAAAAUGGAACGUUUCAUUACAUUACCAUUUUUCGAUAAACUUGUCACCAAUUGUUUUGUACGUGUAACAAUCGGAAACAAUACCUCAAACAAUCAACCGGUGUACCGUUGUGCUGAGAUUAUUGGUGUAGUUGAGACUGCCAAAAUUUACUCAUUAGGCAAACAUCGAACAAAUAAAGGUUUAAAACUACGUCAUGGGUCGUCUGAUCGUGUUUUCCGUUUGGAAUUUAUUUCAAAUCAAGAUUUUACUGAUUCCGAGUUCAACAAAUGGAAAGAAGUUUGCUUAAAUGCAAACAUUGAAAUGCCAACCGUAAACCUAAUUGAACGUAAGUUACAGGAGAUAAAAGAGGCCUUGGUUUACGAAUUUAAAGAUGAAGAUGUACAAAAAAUCAUCGAAGAAAAGAAUCGCUUUCGUAAGCAUCCAACUAAUUAUGCAAUGAAAAAAACAUGCUUAAUGAAGGAGCGAUAUGCGGCUGUGUUGCGAGGUGAAGACGAACUGGCUCGCGAUUUAACCAUGCAAAUAGAAGAGUUAGAAGAACGAGCAAGUGAACUAGAUAAAAAACGUUCAAGUAGCAUUUCUUUGAUUUCGUACAUUAAUGAUAGAAAUCGAAAACGGAAUGUUGAAGAGGCCGAAAAAGCCAUCAAAGAAGAACUAAAAGCCAACAAGGGAAUGAAAAUCGAUGAUCCAUUCACUCGUCGAUCAACAAAACCAACAAUGAAAUUCAAACAACGUACAGCUGAAGAAGAGGCAAUGCUCAUGAAGCCCGCUCCGCCUCCAAAUUCGGGUCGAUUCAAUAAAAAAGAGGAAGACGAAAAGAAACAGUUUGGACCAACUGAUAAUAAUCUAUAUUCUCUACACGAUUUUGAAAUUGAUCUGGAGGUCACUGUGCCCACGACAUCAACGUCUCAUGUUUUACCAAAACCGAUAAUUACAAAGGUUAACGAUGCUGCGCCCAAACGGUCACUCAAUUUGGAGGAUUACAAAAAGAAGCGUGGACUAAUCUAAUGUGCAUUCCAAGACACAUUUUACACUAACUGGUGUUAUUUUUAAAACAUCCUGAAUUAAUAAGAACUUCGAAACUUGAACUAGUUUAGAGAAAAACCGACAAACAUGUACGAAUCAUGAUGUGAGAAUAUAAUAAAAUAUAAUAUGAAACCAA